AUGGUGGCAGAAAGGCGUGCUUGCGACGCUUGUUACAAGCGGAAGAUCCAAUGCGAUCGAUCCGAGCACGAUGAACUGUGCAACUGGUGCCGACACCAUGAUCUCCCCUGCACACUUAACCGAAUUAGGGGCAGGAAGAAGAAAACUAAAGCAAAAGCCAUCAAACAAGGCGCGCAGAUACCUCCUGCUGCCUCCCCUUCUGCCGCCCCUUCUGCCGCCCCUUCUGCCGUUCCUCAUGCCGUUCCUCAUGCCGAUUCUCCGGCUUCAUUGGCUCCCUCUGACGGCUCCUCCAAUUUUCAUAGAAAAAUCACCCACGGCAGGUGUACAGUGUGUCGGACCAAUGACAGCUCGGGGUCGCCUCGACAGCUUGGCGCUGCUCCUCUUGGCCAGGUCUGGUUUUCGGGCCAGAAAUUUGCUUUUGUUUGCUCCCGAAAUGGAAUUCCCCAUUUCACCUCUCUUGGAGAGCAGUGGAUAUACUCACGAACAGGGCUAUGGCCUAAUUUCCGCAAUGAGGACGCAUUCGCCUUCAAAGAGACGACAAAUCACGCCCCCUCCGCAGCUUUGGCACUCAAGUCUCUGAGCGGGCUCACAAAGCAGGCUGAGAUCCAAAAGCUUCCGGAAAGAUGGAUUACUCAGGCGUUGCUUGAAACGUUUACAACGUCUGACUUUCGUCUCGUCUUUCCCGUGGUGGAUCGCGAGUUAUUCGAGGAAACGAUACGAUUGGCAUAUGAUUCGCCAGCCACGAACCCGACAAUUGAGGAGAUUGGUAGCAAAGCCUGCGUGCUUGCAUUCCUUUGUGUCACUAGUCAUCAUUUUUCUACCCAGGACGUUGCCAAGCUUGUCGACAGCGAUGCCUGUGCCAAGCAGGCCCAGCUGCUGAUAUCAGACUUUGUCGAAGACGCGAGUCUAACCACUUUGCAAGUAAUGGUCAUGCUAACACUGUGCGGCCAUUUGCAAGGAGCGUGCAUGUAUCACGCUAUUGCAUGCCGUACUGUCUGUGUCCUCGGUGGACACACUCUUGCCAACGACCCACACAAAUAUGGCAACCUCACAUUCCAGGAGCUCGAAGAGCGUCAAAUCCGUCUACUAUUCUGGCUCUGCUACCUCUUUGACAAAGACAUGGCUUUGAGAAAUGGCCAGCCUCCAAUCAUCAGUGAUGAGUUUUGCGACCUUACCCUUCCACAAGAAUAUAUACAGAACCGCUUCACGCCCCAGUCUUUGACAUCCACUGUUGGUUCCCAGAGGCCGUUCUUACCAAGUGACCUGCGGUUGAGUCUACUUAAAUCAAAGACUGUCAGCGCUCUCUACUCGGCUGGCGCCCUACGGAAAUCAGAUGCUGAGCUCCUCCGCACUAUCCGCGAACUGGACGAAGACCUUGAAAACUGGCGUGCUUCCAUUCCGCCAGAAUAUGCGCCCGCACUAUCUAUUCGCAACCGUGUCAAGCUUGAUGAAACUCUGGAUAUAAACACGAGUAUGCUGCGUAUCGAGUUGCACUUGGAUUACCAUUAUCUCUUGAACAUGAUCCAUUGUGCUAGUGGUCGGUGUGUGGUAGACUGGAGCGAGUCCGGCAAGGAAAUGAUUUUUGGAUUACAAUCUAGUCUUGACUUAUCCGUUGAGGCCAGUCGAUCGACUCUCAUCUAUUUGAGUGAAGCUGCACCUCGACUGGCUGGAGAAGCGUUUUGGGUUUUCAUCUUUUAUCCAGUCUCGGCCCUUUUGAGCAUCUUCUUCAAUCUGUUGCGAAAUCCUCAACACGAAUAUGCAGACCAUGAUAUGGGACUGCUGGCCUCUGCUACGACAGUCAUAAGACGUAUGCCUAUGCACAGAGUCACGACCCAUGAGCUUGAAUAUCUGCGGAAAAUGGAUGCUUUUAUUGAGGAGCUAGGCCGACUCUGCCAGGCCGCGAUUGCAAAGGCACGACACGAGCAUGGUGGAGCGGAGUAACCAUGCAUGUACUCUGAGUUUGUAAAUUUUGGGUGUUGGGGGUUUUUUUUUCUUGUUACGAAUUGACGCCUUCAGUGUGACAUGAUUGAUGGCAUGGGAAAGUACCACAUUAGACAUAGAAGUUCAUUUACGUGGGGGGCUUGGCAUGUCGCCUCGAUGGAUGUACUUCAUGGAUCAGCAAGGUCAGGGUGGUCUCCGUUUAUCAACAACCUCGCUGUCAUGAAAUUACUACAUCGAUGAGUACGCGCUGCCAGCCACUCACAUAAUUCUUACUGUAUCAAACUGUAUUUACUAAUAUAUAGCCUUGUUAAUACGUCAUCUUGCUUUCUUUCUUUUUUCGAGCUGAGACAAAUCCUACCCCAAUAAAAAGCAAACAUUUCGUAUC